CUAGGCGGAGCUCCGCCCCUUUCAGGGCUCAAAUAUCGCGAUAUCUCGACCGACAGCCCCGCCUCACGAUUCCCUCAGGGGGUUAACUUUAUAAAAAAAGAAGAAGCGAAAAAGGAGCUAUUAUGGAAAACCCAGUAGCCUUCAUGGAUGGUAAGGAUGUACCAUGUUCAGCUUUCUCCUCUGAAGAAGCACCUGUGUCAGAUGUGCCUGGGACAUCGUUCAGGAGAGAAUCAGAUAGCCUUGGAGACUCCAAAUUAACUGGUGAUGUCUCUGGAGCCACAGCCGGUAUUGACACCAAACCUAAAUCCAUACAUCGUGCCAAGAUAUGGUCAGGUGAAGUUGAGAAUCUCUACAGAUUUCAGCAAGCUGGAUAUAGGGAUGAAAUUGAAUAUAAACAAGUGAAGCAUGUAGACAUGGUGGAAAGGUGGCCUGAAACUGGAUUCGUGAAGAAGCUUCAGAGAAGGGACAAUACAUUCUACUAUUACAACAAAGAAAGAGAAUGUGAAGACAAAGAAGUUCAUAAAGUUAAAGUUUAUGCUUACUGAUUUUUGUUAUGCCCCAGUGUUGUUGUUUUUCUAAAAGUAAAGUGCAUUGAAAUAAUAAUUUUGUUGCUGUGAAUAAUCUGGAAAGCAUUAAACAAGUUGUUUUAAAAGUA